AUGGACUUCUCAGACGCCUUUCGAAUCGCCAACUUGGUGAUUGCCGUCUUUAUAAUACUGGGUGGUGUUGGACAGUUCUGGCCUGCGUUUCAUGUGCAGAGCAUCAUCGUGGCUGCGUACUUGUUCAUCUUUGGCAUUGCGACCGCACUCCUUGAGUUCCAGAUCCCACCGCAAAUCGCGCGCUAUGCCUCGUUCAUGUUCUCCUUCGUCGGCCGUGGAGCUUUGUACCUGUUCCUCGGCUGCAUAACCAUGGGUGACAACUGGUGGAAAUACGUUGCUGGAUCCAUUAUUGCAUUCUCUGGGCUCGUCUACAUCGGUCUCGAGUUUGUGCCCAGCAUUGAGCCACCGACGAACAUGAGGGAUGCCGAUGCUGGCUGGGGUGCCGAGCAGGUCUAA